AGCUGCAUUGAAAGCAGGACGAAGUCUGCUGUAGACACAGGGAAAACCUCAAACAGCAAACAGCGAACAGCACAGUGCAGUGCAGCAGAGAACAGGAGAGAGAGAGAGAGAGCACUACCUGGUACUACCAGAAACGCCACAAUGAUCCGCUCCCAAUCCAUCCCAUGCCUGGCCAGCUUCCUGCUUGUCGCAGCUGCCCUCUGCCAGGCUGACACCAGGUCGUCCAUCCCCGAGCUCAGCGCCGAUUUUGGGAUCCGCCUGUUCCGAGAAGUGGCCGCAUCGGUCGGCGACCGAAACGUGGUGCUCUCGCCGUACGGAGCAACGGCCCUGAUAGGAAUGGCUCAACUCGGAGCGGCUGGGAACACCCUCGAGCAGCUGUGGAACGCCAUGGGAUACCGGCUGAAAGACAAGGGUGUGCCGCUGGCCCUGAAACAUCUCCAGAAAGACCUGACCGCCAAGAGCAACCGCGACAUUGUCUACUCGGCCAGCAGCGUGUUCGUUCAGAGGAAUAUGCAGCUCCAGAAUGCCUACCUGAAAAGCUACCGCCGUGCUUUCAACGGGUGGCCCAAACAGAUCUACUUCCAUGAUGCCAACACGGCGACCUACCUCAUCAACAAAUGGGUGGAAGUACAAACCAGGGGCAUGAUCCCCAAGUUUCUCCGCCCGGGUAUGCUGGACCCAGUUCUGACCCGCAUGGUUCUGAUCAACGCUGUCUACUUCAAGGGGCUCUGGAAGAUGCCAUUCCCUGCCAAGGCCACCCACCAGCGAGUAUUCUACAAGGAGGAUGGCACCAAGAUCCUGGUGCCCAUGAUGUCGCAGAGCGCCAAGCUGAAUGCCAGUGAGUUUGUGACUCCCAGCGGCCUGGACUAUGACGUGAUCGAGCUGCCCUACCAUGGCGAGACCCUCAGCAUGUACAUCGUGGCCCCGUUCCGCAAGGAGGUCCCGCUCUCCGCCCUCACGGACAUCAUCACAGUCUCGCUGGUCGAUGAGUGGACACGAAGCCUGGAGACCGUCAAGCGCCAACUCGUCCUGCCCAAAUUUUCCCUGGAUAGUGAGGUGGAUCUGAGGAAGUCACUGACAGCGAUGGGAAUAACGGACAUCUUUAACGCUAGAAAGGCUGACCUCAGCAAGAUUAGCACCAGCGAGCAGCUGUUUGUCGCGAAGGCUCUGCAGAAAGUCAAGAUCGAGGUCAAUGAGAGUGGGACCAAGGCAUCUGCUGCCACUGCUGCCGUCCUUUAUGAACGUAUGGCGCCAUUUGAGGUUGUGAUCGACAGGCCCUUCCUCUUCUUGGUCAGGCACAACCCCACAGGCACCAUCCUCUUCAUGGGCCAAGUCAUGGAACCCUAGAGCAUGAGGCCAGCUCUGAAAAGACAAUACUCAGGUAUCAUCUCUGUCAAAAGCCGCAACGGAAAGCAGUAAAAAAAACUGGAAUUAACCGGAAGAAAAACGUACAAUGAGGGAAGGAAGUUUUUUCUGGAAUCUGGGGAUGAUGACCAAUUUUCUGCCUGGAUCUCGCUCACAUUUAACCAGCAGUGACUUGAACUUCAGCCUUCGUUAGAUGUCAUUUCCUAAUCCACAGUCACGCCAGUGAUCCCAUUCAUUUCACAACUCGCAAGGUCUCGUUUUGUCUGUUCAUUAGCCGCUUGGAAUGUCUGAUGCCAUCUUGGUUCGGAAUGGUUUCCCAAAGCCCUUGCGCUUAGCUCCGGCAACUGAACCCACCCUCCACUGGAAUAUGACGCCAACCGCUCCCCCCCCAACCCACACCAACUUCACUGUGUAUGUUCCAAUCAAAUACACCCCAGUAACCUUUGCCCUUGAUCUCUGUGGCACUUGGACCAAUUGUAGGUCACCAUUAUUGCCAAACCCCCCACCUCAGAUGUCGGUGAAUUUACUCUCUAGGCACAGCCGCCAACAGGUGCACAGCAAGAUCCCAUGUAACCCCAAACGACUGAGUAGAGCAACUCGAGUUGAGGGAUAAAUAUAGACCGAUAUGCCCCGUUGAAGCCGAAUCCUGGCGUUUCUACGGCCAGCCCGGGGUUCAGCCAAUCCCCUGGUCUGGGACACAGGCGUGGAACAUUGAAAGAACUCAGCUACAGCCCGAAUGGCCCAAUCGCGUUUUGGAUGGGAGGUGGGACGUGUUGUGACAUUCCCAGUCUACCCUCCCAACCCCAGCCUCUGCGUGAGGGAGAUACUUCACCAGGGGAGUGUGAGGAAGGGCAAGAUUGUAUGUUGCCCCGCUGUGUGAUGCAAAUUUGGGACCAUUAAUGGAAUAUCACGCUCACUUUCCCCUUCAAUUUCAACGUUCCUUUCAAUGUCAAUUUCCAAUGUCAGUUCCAACUCUGUCAAUUCCUACCCUGUGCCGAAAUCUUAUGUUAAUUUCCCUGCUGUUGAGGGGGAUGUUAAAAUGCUUGGGGACCAGCUAUUUGCUUGCUGACUGUGAACAUGCAAGACCUUUUCAUCUGUAUUUACACACACAUCUCUGUACCAAAACUUGCACUAUUGCUUCACUUUGGAAAAUAUGAAACCUCAUGGUGUAGUUUGUAAUAUAUUUUCAGAUUUGUGUAAUUUAUUUCUUUUGACUUAAGAAAUGUUUUGUAUUUUAAAUAAAAAAAAGCUAACCACCUUCAGAA